AUGACAACUCCACAAGAGUCUGAAGAUGCAUCGCAAAGCGAGAAGAAACCGCCAACAGCAAAACGGGAUGAGAAACAGAGCCAACAUGGAGCUUUUGCUACCUAUCUGAGGAUAUUCUCCUACGCCGAACCUCUCGAUUACCUUCUCAUUGCCGCUUCUGCCAUUGGAGCCAUCGGGUCUGGGAUUGCCAUGGCGCUUAUGAAUGUCAUAUUCGGCGGUUUUGUUGACAUCAUCAAUGACUUCACACAAGGAGAUAAAUCCCCUGCCGAGUUCCGCGGUAGUGUCAGGACACAUAUCUUGCGCUUCAUCUACAUCUUCAUCGGCCGUUUUGUCUGCACUUACGUGUUUACUGUCUGUCUUACGGUUGCCGGAACGCGAAUCACGAGAACAAUACGCUACCGUUUCCUGGAAUCCACGUUUUCCCAAGAAAUCGCCUACUUCGACUCCGGCUCCGGUGGUUCCGUGUCUUCUCAAGCCACCACGAACGGAAACAUUAUCCAACAAGGCAUUUGUGAAAAGUUCGGUCUUGGCGUUCAAGCUGCGUCGACUUGCGUCACCGCUAUAGUCAUUGCGAUCAUAACACAGUGGAAGCUGGCGCUCAUCACCAUCACUAUCGCACCUGUCAUGGUCGUUGGCAUUGGCUUUGCUAUAGGUGUCGAUGCACAGAUCGAGUUCAAGAUCAUGAAGGUCUACUCAGCAGCCAACUCACUCGCCGAAGAUGUCAUUGGAUCAGUCAGAAACGUCCACGCCUUUUAG